GCAAGCAGCUGGACAGGUAUAUAGCAGCCACCUCUCACUCUCUCAGCCGGCGAUACUACUAGUCACACUAGCUAGCGUCUUGCGAGGGGUGGGUGGGUUGCUCCUGCCUCCUGCUCUCUUCGCUUGCCACCUCCCGUCUGCCUGCCUCUACGCCGCCGGGAUGAUGGGAGGAGGGGCGCUGGUGCUGGAUCAGCGCAUGCCGGCGGACGACAAGGCCCUCUUCGGCUUCGGGCCGGGCGAGUGCUUCCUCGGCGAGGGCGACCUCGUCAACCCGGCGCCGGCGCGCGACGACACGAUGAGCUUCCCCGACGGCGACGAGAGCGACGACGACGACGUGGGCGGCAUCGAGGAGCUGGAGCGCCGCAUGUGGCGCGACCGCCUGCGCCUCAGGCGCCUCAAGGAGCAGCAGCAGCAGCAGGGCGGCCGCGGGGGCAAGGAGGCGCCGCCGCGGCCGCGGCAGUCGCAGGAGCACGCGCGCCGCAAGAAGAUGUCGCGCGCGCAGGACGUCAUCCUCAAGUACAUGCUCAAGAUGAUGGAGGUCUGCAACGCGCAGGGCUUCGUCUACGGCAUCAUCCCGGAGAACGGCAAGCCCGUCACCGGCGCCUCCGACAACCUCCGCGCCUGGUGGAAGGAGAAGGUUCGCUUCGACCGCAACGGCCCCGCGGCCGUCGCCAGGUACCAGGCCGACAACGCCGCGCCGGGCGGGGGCGGCGCCGGUGGUGCCGCCGUGGCCGCCGCGCCGGCGGGGCCGCACUCCCUGCACGAGCUGCAGGACACCACGCUGGGCUCGCUGCUCUCGGCGCUCAUGCAGCACUGCGACCCGCCGCAGCGCCGCUUCCCGCUCGAGAAGGGCGUGCCGCCGCCGUGGUGGCCGCAAGGCGCCGAGCCGUGGUGGCCCGAGGCCGGCGUGCCCGGGGAGCUGGGCCCGCCGCCGUACAAGAAGCCGCACGACCUCAAGAAGGCCUGGAAGGUGGCCGUGCUCACCGCCGUCAUCAAGCACAUGUCCCCCGACGUCGACAAGGUCCGACGCCUCGUGCGCCAGUCCAAGUGCUUGCAGGACAAGAUGACCGCCAGGGAGAUCGUCACCUGGCUCGCCGUGCUCAAGCAGGAGGAGGACCUGUACCUCAUGCAGCACCCGGGCGCCCUCCCCCCGCCGUCCUCCAACGCCGCCGCCGCCGCCGCCGCGCUCCCGUUCAGCGCCAGCUCCGGCGAGUACGACGUGGAGGGUGCCGACGACGGCGAAGAGACCGGCCGGAACCCGAAGCCGGCCUCCAACGAUGCACCAGCGUUCGUGGACCUUUCGUCGUCCAUGGAUGCUACGGGCAAUAGCAGGUUCCUCAUGCCGGCGGCGCUGAUGAAGGAGGAGACCGCCGACGCCGAGUACUUGCAUAAGAGGAGCGCGCCGGCCGGCGUGGAGCCGGAGCUGAUGCUGAGCAACAGCUUCCGCGCGUACACCUGCGGCAACGCGCAGUGCCCGCACAGCAGCAGCGUGCACGGGUUCCUCGACCGAGGCGCGCGCAACGCCCACCAGUACACCUGCAAGUUCAACACCCCCGCCGAUAACAGCAAGCUGGCACCGUCCGUCUUCCCGCCGCCAGGUCAGGCGGUCGGCUUCGACUUGCCCGUCGACGGCCAAAGGUCGCUGGCCGAGCUGAUGGACAUGUACGAGGCCAACGUGGGCGCGCCCCGUAGCCUGAGCGGCAUCGACACGGCCGCCCCCGGCGGCGUGCGGGUGUCCGGCCCAUUUCUGACGCCGUGGCUAUUUGGCGGUGCCACCACCGGCGUGAUGCAGCAGCAGCAGAGCGCGGGGUUCUACGUCCGUGACGAUGCACUGCCGUUCGGAGGCGACAUCGCCGCCGCGUCGCCGGAGUUGAGGUUCAGUUCAGGUCUGAACGUGCCAGGAAGCACUGCACAUUACGGUGGUGCAUCGCAGCUGCAGCAACCGCACAAGCCCGCGGGAUCCAAUUGGUUCUACUGAGUACUGACUGCUGCAUUAGAAUCAUGGACAUGGUGGAGCUUGUUAGUUUCUUUUGGCAUUAUUAGAAUCCAAGAUCGUUCUGGGUUUUCAGCCUGCCUGUAUAAGGUUUUGGUACUGAUGAGGAUGUAGCUGCAGACGGCUCAUGCCAUCCAGCCAUAUGCCUUUCUUAAUGGGAACUUCCAUCCAUCUUGUCUA